UUCAGAUAUGGACAUUGAUCCUGAGGUACCGAAAAGUCCAUCUUCGCCAGUUUGCUCUACGAAUGAUAAUCUAAGUUCAUACGAUAUAGGAUUAUUCGUACAAAGGUCUUCGGCUGAUGGGAUAAAUUUAAUCCCUGGAUUGCAAAAGAAAAUUUGGACUCCACCUGACGGCUACAGUUUUCCCGCAUCGGGCCCUAGAAAUUUGAAGUUCCAACGCUCUUGGCUCCUGACAUACUUAUGGCUGGCGUACUCGGAGAGAGAAGACGGUGCAUUUUGCAAAUGCUGUGUCUUAUUUUGUGCUCGAGCGGGAGGGGUUGGUCGCCAAACCUUGGGCCAGUUAGUCACGAAUCCAUUGAGAAACUGGAAAAAAGCACUGGACACUUUCGAAAAGCACAAUGCAUCAGAAUAUCACAAGAGAAGCCUGUUGCAAUGGAGCUUGAGACUGAAAAUCGAAGACGAAAAUGCUUUAUCCAUUGAUUUACAACUUUCGAAACAAAAACUUGACUUUAUAAAUGAAAGUAAACUACACAUGAUUCCAAUUAUUGAAACAAUUAUUCUUUGUGGCCGGCAAGGGCUUGCUCUUCGGGGUUCCAGGGAUACGGGGAGAAUUUCUGAAGAUGAACCGUUAAUUAAUGAUGGAAAUUUCCGAGCUCUCUUGAGAUUUCGAGCAAAAAAUGAUGAGAAGUUGAAGAAACAACUGGUUGAAUCGCCAAAGAAUGCUAUGUAUAUAAGCAACCGAGUUCAGAAUGAACUAAUUAACAUUUGUCACGAUCUGAUCAUGAAUCACAUUGUCGAUCGAGUCAACGAAUCGAUGGGCUUUUCUUUUCUUGGAGAUGACACACCGGACAUUGCAGGAAUAGAACAAAGUUCAAUUUGCACUCGAUACUUGGAUAAGAGCGACGGGAAGUUUAUCAUUCGUGAAGAUUUUUUGUGCUUCAUCACUAUCGCAGAUUUCACUGGAAAAGGAAUAGGAACUUCUUAUCUCAAUUUCUUGGAUUCUUCCGGACUUAAUUGCACAUAUUUUCUCGGACAGGGAUAUGAUGGCGCGAGAGCGGUUAGCGGAGAAUUCCAUGGAGCCCAAGCUGUUGUCAGAGAGCGUUAUCCACUCGCGCUCUACUCCCAUUGUGCGGCUCACAGCUUUAAUUUGGCAGUCAGCUCUGCAUGCAAUAUAACAGCAAUCAGAAAUUGUUUGGGAACCCUCGAAAGCAUUCAUACUUUCUUCAUCUAUCCGAAACGCCAAAAUGCUCUUCAAGAUGCGAUCAAUGAAGAUGAGACGCUACGUGAAAGUCGGUUGAAGAAAUUGAAAAAAUUUUGCAAAACCAGAUGGGUAGAGCAACACGAGUCUGUCGCAACUUAUCUGCACUUACAACCAGCAGUAAUUCGCGCUCUUGAUGUGAUUUCGACCACCUGGAAGGAUCCGACGACUUCAUCUGGAGCUUUCCAACUUCUUUCAGCAAUAAAAACUGCAAAUUUCCAGAUCUCCAUGCAUAUUUUGAGCUCAGUACAUUCUUUGACUUUGUCUCUCAGUCGAGUACUUCAGUCCGAAAACCAGGAUCUUGGCGAGGCUAUCGAACUGGCUGAUGCUGCGAAACAAGUUCUGCUUGAAAGAAGAGAAAACGCCGAAAAGGACUUCAGAGGAAUUUUCAAAACCGUGAGCAAAAUCUGCGCAAAAUACGACAUCGAACUGCGGAAACCAAGGCUCGCGUCAAAACAGACUCAACGCUCCAACGUACAAACUGAUUCAGUUCAAGAUUAUUUUCGCAUAACGAUUUACAUCCCAUACAUUGAUUUGUUUCUGACCCAUAUACAAGAUCGAUUUUUGAAUCACCGCAAAAUUUUAUCAAACUUUGCUUGCCUCUUCCCCAACAAAAUGAAGAAUUUCAAUGAAGAAUCCUGCGUUCAACUGUUUGAACCAUACUCUUCAAUUUUGCGGGAUGAUUCCCGUGACAUCUGGGUAGACGAAGUCAAACUUUGGCGUCAACGCAUCGCCGGAAAGAACGUUAAAAAUUCGCUUGAAGCACUCGAUGUGUGCAAUGGAGAUGCGUUUCCAAAUGUACAUCAAAUGCUUCGCAUUUUGGCAGUUCUGCCUGUAACGACAGCAACGAAUGAACUCUCCUUUUCAACAUUGCGUCGCCUCAAGACUUACCUCAGGUCAACAAUGUCUGAAGAUCGGCUGAACGGAUUAGCUUCGCUCAAUAUACAUCGCGAUGUCGAGGUCGAUCCGCAAAGAGUUUUGGAGAAGUUUUUUUCUACACCUCGCAGAGUUAAUUUAUUAUAUAAUAACUGAAUAUCAAGUCAAGACCAAGACACAAUAAAAUGUCUUCAUUUAUAAGAAAAGUUUCUUAUUAUUUUUUAUUAACUUCAUAACCUAACAUGAUACACAUAUGUCAAACCCC